AUGAUUUCUCUCCUAUCAUUUCGCGCCUCUCAACGGCGUCAAUUCUUAUCCAUUGCAGCCUUGAUAUUAUUCUGCUUCUGCGCUUAUAGUCUGUUGAGAAUACCACAACAAAAGACAAUAGAGUAUCAAAUACAAACACCGGCAUCCUCAGAACCAUCAUCAUCAACAGUGCCAACAUCACAAGAUGAACCGCUCAUUGAGGGAAGCUCGCAGCCGAAACAACCCCCAAACCCAGAAGUUCAUCCCAUCAAGCAUCUUACCAGCAACGCUCAAAAGGAAUUCGAACAACUCAAGGCUCGUCAAUCAAAGACGCUUGAUGAGGCGGUAAAAGAGUAUCGACGACGAUAUGGAAUGCCACCGCCUCCUCAUUUCGACAAGUGGUUUCAGUUUGCAAAGGACAACAAUGUCAAACUGAUUGAUGAGUUCGACACGAUCUAUGAUCUCAUAACGCCUUUCUGGGGACUCAAACCCAAAGCUAUCAGGUCUCGAGCCAGAGAGGCAUUGGGCUUUGACAACGGGUUGAUUGGAGUGUCUAUCCGAGACCACAAGAUCUCAUAUAUCGAGAAUGGCGUCGAGUGGCAGCAAAAUGCCACAAAGGGAAUGAUGAACAAGUUUCUCAAGUACUUGCCGGACAUGGAUCUCGCCUUCAACUUCCAUGACGAGUCUCGUGUUAUUCUUUCUCAUGAAGACUUGACAAGAUUGGUUAAGAUAGCCAAGGAGAAAAAUAUGCCUGCAGCUUUUUCGAAGCCACAACUUGCCAACGAUUUUACUCAGACCAACAAGGAGCUUCAUGAUGGGAAGUCAUUUGAGGAAACAACUCUAACACGGUUCAAUUCCUUUGCCCACCAGUCAACAUGGGCUCAUUCUCGCCUGUCCUGUCCACCUGAUACACCAGCUCGAUGCCUUGAAGAGGAAGAAACAGUUGAUCAUCGAAGCAGAUACGGCAUGAGUGAUCUCGGAUUCGUCUAUAAUACAACCGCAAUGUCUGAUAUCUGUUUGUCGCCUAGCCUCAAGUCCAAUUUUGGUUUCUUCGGCGGCCCAAACACAUACAGAAUUGUACAAGAUCUCUUCCCCAUCUUCUCACAGUCCAAGAUUUCAUCUUACAGCGAUCUUGUGUACCCAUCACCUUGGGAUUGGGCCGCUAAGGUAGAAUACGACGAGGAGAUGGACAUGGAGUGGACCAAGAAAGAGAGCAAGCUGUACUGGCGAGGUUCUACAACAGGAGGUUACAGCCGCAAUGGUCGCUGGAGACGUCAACAUCGCCAGCGCCUUGUUCAAAAGCUUAAUGCGCGAGAUCAAGCUCAGAUCCUCACUAAACAGAAAGAACCAUCCUGGGGAGUUAGUGAGGUUGCACGAGGCGACUACAGCGAUAUGGUUGACGUCCACUUCUCCCAUAUUGGCCAAUGCGAUAAGGGUGACUGUGAGGCGCAACGGGCCUUUUUCAACGUCACUGAAGCUGUCGAUCAGCAGGAUGCCUGGUCUUACAAAUACCUUCUUGACAUGGACGGCAAUGCAUUCUCGGGUCGGUUUACUGCCUUCCUUCGCAGUCGCAGCCUGACCUUCAAGCUCGCCGUCUUCCGUGAAUGGCACGCCGAGUGGCUUAAGCCAUGGGCGCAUUACGUCCCGCUCAGUAUCCAAGGAGACGACUGGCUCGAGGCCGUACGUUUCUUCGAGAUCGAGGAAGCUGGUCGUCAAGAGGGUGAGCGCAUUGCUGCCGUCAGUCGUGAGUGGGCGAGCCAGGCUGUUCGCCAGGUCGACAUGGAAGCAUGGUUCUUCCGCUUAAUGCUAGAAUAUGCACGAGUGAUAGACGACAAGAGAGAUAUCAUCGGCUACGAUCGUAGCAGUGCGAAUACCAAGCUACCGAAAGAGAAGACGGAAGAGUGA